AUGCGACGCUCCUCCUACGUUGUAAAGAUGCUGGCGACAGUGGUGCUGAUGUUCGCUGUGUGCUGGCUGCCGAUUCAUCUGAUGAACCUGAUAUUGUACUUCGACCGCGCCGCCAUGCAGCCGGACACUGCCGAGCAGGAGUACCUAUACAUCGCGGCUUUCUUCUCCUGCCACUGGUUCUCAAUGGCCAACAGCUUCGUCAAUCCCAUCAUCUACUGCUUCAUGAGCGACAACUUCAGGGUUGACCUUCGACAAUUGAUGAUGACCUGCUGUUCCCCUUUGGCAGAGCACGCCAACCGCACGUUGACCAAACGAAGCUGUUCGUUCGGCGGGUCCCUGCGUAGCAGCACGGUAGUGAUGUCUGCCGCUGCUGCAGGCACCAACCACUUGGGUGCGUCCAGCGUACGCCGGCAGCAGCGCAGCAACGGUUUCCCUGCCUCAUCCACUGUCACGGUUCCCCUGCGCACCCUUGCUCACCCUGGCCAUAAUGCGAACUCGGGCGCUGGCACAAGCGGUGCAUCUAUUCGUGUUCCUAUUUACGCGUGA